CACGCAUAGCUCAGGGAUCAUCGAAUCUCUCAUACCCGGAGACCAUUCUCCGCCGUCGCCGAUCGUCUGCGGUUCAGUACGUCGGGUGCUUUCUGUUCCACUGGGCAUUGGGGAAAAAAAAAAAUUAGUUGGUGGUCAUUGGCUAACAUGAAUAAGUUGUUAGACUUCGGAAGAAAAGCUUUAUUUUAUGUACGGGUGCUUUCUGGAUAUGAGGAGCGAAGAAUACGAUCUUUUAGGCUGCAACUGGAGAACCAACUUAAACAGGCACAAGAGAGGAAGGCAGCUUUGAACAAAGUACCUGAGCAGAUUAUUAUAUCUGAGGUUCGCCGUAUGGUUGAAGAAAUGCAGGCUUUAAACAAGAAGUUGGAAGAGACAGAAGCAGCCGUUGAAGAAUACUUCAAACCUAUUGACGAGGAAGCCGAGAUUAUAAUGAAAAUGCAUCUAGAAGGGAAAGAGAAAACUUCGGAAGAAAUGCUAAAAGCAAUGGAGCAACAGGCUUUACUUGAGCAAGUUGAAGCAGAAAAAAUUUCUGCUGCACGCCAACUAGAAAAGUUCCGUGCCAACCAGAACCAGCCAUCCACAUCUAAACUCCCGGAGGAAGCUUCGCAAAUUUUGAAUGCCAAAAGUUAGGUACAGUUUUUAGGUAUUUUUGCUAUCAGGUUCUUAUUCUAUAACAUGACAAGUAGGAUUUUUUUCCCCUCCAACUUGGCGUCACAUAGUUGGAUCUUUGAAAAAAUUUGCGUCUCGUGUUAUGUUUUUAUUGGAGAGCCUGAUAACAAAUAUUCUAGGAAACUUUGAUGACCACUAAAACCACCGGUGCUGGGUGUAACAUUCAAGACGGAGAGAGAGCUUUUCUGUGGUUUGAGCGUUUGGCCAUAUCUCAAAAGUGGCAAUUGUAAUUUCUCCAUUCUAUGUUCCAGGGCUUCCUAGAAAAUUAGUUGAGAUGUCUCGCUGAGAGCGUUGAGAUGACAAAGUUCUGUUUUGUUGUGCAAAAUGGAUCACUGUUCAGACAUUGAUGAGAAAAUAAUUGAGCUUAGCAUGGGAAAAAGUGUUAUAUUAGAGGAA